GCCAUCAAAUUUUAUGUGAGUGAAGUUUCUUCAGCAGAUACUCCAGAGAGGGAAAAUAUUUAUGUUCCCAUCAUGCAAUUCAGUUGUGCAAUGUUGACAGCUUUGUUCUCAUUAAACUAGAAUGAAACAUCGAGCAAUUUUAUGUCAGCAAACGAACUCGGUGCAGGUAAAUAGUGUUCAAACAGCUGACGAAGUUGCACUUUAAAUGAAAUAAUUUUCCGUUUUUAAACAGCUUGCUAAAUAAUUCGAAUAAAACGUUAUCAGUAUUAUUUGCAAAGCAUCGGACAAAAUCAUGCGUAAAAUUUUGUCAAACUUCAAACAGUGAUAUUUCUGUGAUUUUUUACAGAUGAAAAAUGCAAACGAUCUUUAUGCUGCGUAGUGACUGAAGAAUAUUCUGUCCAAGCUCUGUGCAUUCGCUUUAAGAUGCCAACUAAAGUAGCAAAUCCAAGACAUAACUCGUUAAAAACAGACUUCCAGUCUAUGGAACCCGAGCAGUCUGAAAAUCUGCCUGAUGAUGAAGAAAUUAUGUGUGGAGUUGGAUCCUUUUAUCCCGCGUGGCUACAGAAAUUUAGCAAGCCCAAAGUCUUUUUUGUAAAUCACACCCUUUUAGGUCUUCUACAAGGAGCCUUCUUCACAUAUUUGGUUGGAUGUUUAUCAACGCUUGAGAAAAGAUAUGGGUAUGAAACUAAAAUAACAGGUAUAAUUAUGAUAUCCGAAGAAAUAAGCCCGAUUCUUUUUGGGCUAUUACUGGGAUAUUUUGGUGGCAAAGCUCACAGGCCUCGUAUUGUUGCAAUAGGAAUGGUGGUAGCUGUUGUCAGCUGCUUUAUUAUGGCGGCACCCUAUUUCAUAUAUGGGUCUAUUCUCUACCAUAAUUCAGAAGGUUUGCGGUAUUUAACAAACAAAACUAAGCAUGAAAUUUGUGAUCAUAAAGAGAAGGAUUAUUUCUGUGAAAAAUCACCAACAUUAACUGCAGUAUCUCUGCUGUUCUUUGGGAAUUUUUUAAAAGGAAUCGGAACCUUAGCUUUCUAUAUCAUUGGAACAUCAUAUUUAGAUGACAGUAUAAAAAAGAAAAACUCUCCUGUUUAUUUUGGUACUCUGUUUUCUCUUCGCCUUCUAGGACCAACAUGUGGUUUCUUGCUGUGUUCCUUAUGUUUGAAUUUCUACGAAGACCCAUUUUAUGAUCCUGGUUUUGGAACAAAAGAUCCUCGUUGGAUUGGAGCCUGGUGGUUGGGAUUCAUCAUCCUUGGAAUAGCAAUAUUGAUAUUGUCACUGCCUAUGACACUGUUUCCGCGACGAUUCCCGGGCAAACAAAUACCCUCGAACCUGCAAACGAAAAGCGAAGAGGCGCCUAUGUCACGAACUGAGCAACUCAAAGAUAUGGGCAAAGCAAUGAAACGAAUAGCCAAGAAUCCGAUUCUGAUUUGCCAUUACCUUGGAGGAAUCUUCCGUAUGAACGGCUUGGUUGGCUAUUACGUCUUACUGCCAAAAUACAUGGAGAUGCAGUUUAGAGAAUCAGCUUCUAAAGCCAGUCUUUACUCAGGUCCUGCCGGCCUUGUUGGAAUGCAAGCGGGGAUUCUACUUGGUGGGAUAGCAAUACGAAAAUUCAAGCCCAGGCCCAGAGUAAUGACAGGCGGAAUUGUCAUAGCUGAAUCUUUCAGUGCUUUUGCUCUGAUCGCUUGUAUGUGCAUUACUUGUCCGCUUUAUCAGAUGACUGGAACAAGUUCUGUCGGAACUCUUCAGUUCGACUUACAAAAUGAAUGCAAUGCCGACUGCUUAUGCACAACUAAAAUGUACACCCCUAUUUGUGGACCUGAUGGAAAAUCAACAUAUUUCUCCCCGUGUUAUGCUGGAUGUAGUGCCUAUAACAAAACCGGCGAAAAAGAGAUUUUCACUGACUGUAAAUGUGUUCACAAUGAUGAUGGAGAAAUAACUGUUGGAGAUGCUACGAAGAAUUAUUGUAAUUUCGAGUGUCAGUGGUUGAUAACAUUUGUGGUAGUUUUAAGUGCUGGGAAACUUCUCGCUUCUACAGCCAGCGUUGCUAAUGCUCUUGUCACUCUCAGAUGCGUUGAUCCUGAGGACAAAAGUUUAGCCUUAGGAGCUUUAUCUGCAGUUUUUUCACUUCUUGCUUUUAUUCCAUAUCCUUUAAUUUAUGGCUCAUUGACAGACGCAAGUUGCUUAGUGUGGGAAGAAUGUGGCAAGAGGGGAAGCUGUUGGAUAUAUGAUAGUGACAAAUUCCGUUUCCUAUUGCAUGGAGUGUCGGCUGCAUUUGUUUUCUUGGGUUGUCUUACAGACAUUAUGGUCUGCGUACUAAGUUCUCGACUCAAAAAUCUCUACGAUGAUGAAGACGAUGGAAACACAGAAAAGCAGUCAGUUGAUGAAACUGAUGUUAUCAACGAAGGUAGAAUGUUAGGUUUGGUGAGAAUGUCAUCGUUAACAGAAGCUUGAAUUCUUUGAAUGACAACAAAUAGCCUACGCCAUUGUAAACAUACUUCUCUUGAUUCCAGAUAUUAUAAAAGGGUGGUAUGAAAACGGCCUAAAUCACAGAAUUUUUACAUUUUCACUGCCCUAAAAACUUAUUGUUUUAAAUUUUUGACGGAAAGAAAAAUGCACAUAAUUUUUGUCUGGGUACAUUUUGCACUUUCCUCAAAUCCAAUAAAUCAAUCAAUAUAUUCAACACUGAUUUACUUCUACAAAACUGCUGAAAAGUGUAUCUUCCCCAGAAAUGUUUUGAUUGUUACUGAGAACUGCGUUAAAGAAACAUGUAAUUUUAUGCCAGAAGUUGUCAAUCAUGUCCCAUCGCUUAUGCAAUUAUGAACUGAAAAAUAUUAGCAAUAGAGUGAUAAAAGUGAAAUUAUGUGCAUUAUAUUAUUAUAGUGAUUCAGAAGUCAAACAACAAAAAUCAGCGUUAUACACACAAAACUUUCACAGGACUAGUUUCGAUGGUUUUAC